UGUCAGCCCAACUCAUACACGAAACCGGAGCCAGCCCUGCUUUUUUCUACCGUCCGUCUCUAUCUCCCCUCCGGCAACCGGCCGGAGCCGUUCCCCGCUCCGUAAAAGAGGACGGAGACCAGAGCCGUUCUCGCAGUGGCGGAAUCCAAAAUCGUCAACUCGACGACCCAAACAUUGCCGCCCGGGCGAACUGGGAUCGCAGACCCGUCCUGACUCGGCUUAAUUUCUUCUCUGGUCGGCAUGGGGCUGUGGUCAUUUCUUGAGGGUGUCCUGCUUAUUGCUAACGCUUUGGCAAUAUUAAAUGAAGACCGUUUCCUUUCUCCCAGAGGAUGGAGCUUCGCUGACGCUAGAGGCGUGCAGGGAGCAAACACCUUCAAAGGACAGAUGAUUGGCCUCAUAUACGCAGCUCAAUACAUGAGAUUUCCAUUGAUCCUUCUUAAUGGAAUCACUAUACUUGUGAAGUUUGUUUCAUUCUGACAGUGGGAAGUGGUACGCUAUGCAGCUCUUCUUCGGUUUGCUUCCUUGAAGAUUGAGAUAUUUGCACUCAAACCAGGCUUUAUGUAUAUCUUCUCGUGAUUCACCCCUUCUUCCAAUAGUCUUCUGUUGAUGGUUGUAUAGCUGUGCCUUGUAUAUGCACACUGCUGAGAUGUGCAGUUGUGCUCAGCUAGUAAUUUAUUGGUUAUCCGCAACACACUAGACGGUAUGUGCCUAACUGUGAUCUUUCAUUGUUCUUUUGUAUGUACAUGAUGUAUUUGCAUUUGUCCACUGUAAUUUUUUCUUGUUA